AUGAGAGUUGGUUGGAGAUGCUCUGAAUUAGGUAAGUUUGAGGUCAAGGCUGUUGCUGGUGACACACAUCUUGGAGGUGAAGAUUUUGAUAACCGUAUGGUGGAUUAUUGUGUUGAGGAAUUUAAGAGGAAAUACGAAAUGGAUUUAACAGGAAAAAAGAGGGCCUUGGGAAGGUUGAAAAUCGAAUGUGAGAAAGCAAAGAGGGUUCUGUCAUAUGCUACUCAAGUUUCACUUGAAUUAGAAUUGUUGCAUAAGGGUAUUGACUUUUCAAUGGCAUUUAGUCGUGCGAAAUUUGAGGAGCUUAAUAUGAGAUUUUUUAGAAAGUGUGUUAAGCAAUUGGAGUGUAACAUCCAGAUUCCCAGGUACCAGUGA